UUGCCAAAAAAUUGAUGAGCGAAUCGGAGGUGCAGCAAACUAGUAAAAAGGGAACUAGCAGAAUUGUGAAAAUAAGUGUCUAAAUGUUGGUCAAUUUAUUUUAAAUUUCAAAUAUUUUUCUCGUGGAAUAAAAGGUAAAUUUGUUUCUGUCAAGAAUAUAAUUGAAGAAAAUCUACGUGGACAAUUUUGAACUGUAAAACACACAAGUAGAAGAAGAACGAUCAGAAAGUAGCUGAAGAAAAGCGCAGUAGCAGCAUUAUUGGCAGGGACCGAAUCGCAUUAGUUACCUGUGAAGAAAAAAAAUUGGGCGAAACAUAUUAGCCGUCAAACUUGGAUGUGUAUAGUGAGGAAAAGAAAUAAAAUUUUAAAUAAAUAAAAGUAUACCCACAAACUUCAGUGGAUUUUUUGAGAUAUCGUUAAUAUAAAAACAACAAAACGGCAGCGACUACAACAACUACUACUACGCCACCAGAUUCGACAAUGGAGAAGCCGAAGGAAUUGAUCAUUGAGCCAAAAGGCGAACUGCGCUUUGUAGGUCCCUUCACUCGUCCCGUUAUCACUGUUAUGAAAAUAACCAAUCCAACAGAUAACAUUAUACUGUUCAAGAUCAAAACGACCGCUCCAAAACGAUAUUGCGUGCGUCCAAAUUUCGGUUCACUCGAACCACAUACGCAUGCCAGGAUUGAAAUUUGUUUACAACCUUUUGUGUAUGAUCCCAACGACAAAAAUAAGCAUAAGUUCAUGGUACAGAGCCUGGUUGUGCUCGAUCACUCCGUUGAAGACUGGAACAAGUUGUGGAAAGAGUCAGAACCACAUCAGUUGAUGGAUGUGAAGUUGAGAUGUGUCUUCGAGAUGCCAACUGUAACGUCAGCCGCAGACAGCAGUGUUACUGCAGGCACCAAUGAAAUUGUAAAACAAGAAAUUACUGAGACAGAAAAUAAAGCAAUUCCAUUUCGCGAAGAGAAAGUAUCAAAUGUGCAACCAUCGGAUCAACGUGAAGAGUUAUUGUCCGACAUUAGGCGGCUGCGCGAAGACAAUGAGAAAUUGCUCAGAGAGAAGCGUCAUCUUACGGAUGAAAUCGUCAAAGUACGGGAUUCAUAUUCGAAACCGAUGUACGAUCAGGCCUAUACACCUAUUCUGGGCGAGAAACAAAUUCCGGUGUUCUAUAUAGCGUUGUCGAUUGUUGCGGCCAUAUUUGGCUUUCUGUUUGGCAAAUAUUUUUGAAUGCAUACAACGCAUACAAAACUCUGAAGUGCUGACAUGUUUAUCUAUAAAAACAACAACUACAUAAAAUGAGAAACGCCGUCAUACACAAACAGAUAAACGAAGAAAACGAAACUAAAAAUGAAACUUAUAUAUAAAACCCAGCAACAGUAUAAAAGUAAAAAUAAAAACAACAAAACUUAGAAAGGAGGAAAUGAUCAAAUGAUUAAAGAUAAACAAAACGAAAAACCAACAAAAUAAAAAAAAAAUAACAAGAAAACAAAACAGCUAAAAAAUUAAUGAAAAUUGUUGAAAGUUUGUUUUGAAAUGCAUGUAACCAUAAACAUAAAUGGGCAUAAGCAGACAAAUGUACGAAAAAAAAACUUGAGAGAAAAAUCAGUUAAACUAAGAAACACUAUGAUUUGCAAUUAAAGAAACAAAACAAACGCGCUAAAAGAUAAUAACAGUCAAAGUAUCACAUUUAUAAUGAAAUAGCAAGCAAAUAUGUAUAAAGCUCGGUGUAAGGUAGACAAACGAACGGUGACUGAACAUAUGCAAGUGUGUAAGGAGGGCAAUUCAAAAUCUAUAAAUUGUGUGUGUUUUGUGUAAACGCUUGCAGAAUACACUUUUUUAGUAUAGCCAAAGGGCACCGAUUGAACGUUGGCACGGCAUUUAUUCAUAACUUUAUAUUAUAUAGCAACAAGUGAAAAGGAUUAAAACAACUACAAAAGAAUUACAUAUAAAAAAAGAAGUGAAUAAUUAAAUAUUUAAAAUAUGCACUAUAUAAAGCGUUAGGUUUAAUAUUUUAUUGUAUGUUUUUGGAUCAUGCUUGUAUAAAUAUAGUAGCAACAAAACGCUGUAGCAGGGUCUUCACCAUUGAGACUAUUUACUGAAUAGAAUAAAGAAGUACUAAUUAAUUUGCCUUUGCAGAUACGAAAACUUGUUCGCAUAUGAAUAUAUUAUUAGCAUACGUAGCUCUAACAAUGAAACCCAUCAUGUGGCAUUGAGCAUUUUUUGUUUUAAAUUUUUUUGUUUGUUUUGUUUUAAACAUUUCCUAAGUUAACAUGCAUACAUUCAAAUAUAAACACAAAUAAACAAUUUAUUCGAGCUUUCCCAAUAUUGAAUUUGAUAAGCAAGUCUAAUAAAUGUGAGAAUAUACAUACAUAUAAAUUGUAAGUUUGUAUUGUUUCCUAACUAUUGAAUUUGUAGGUCGUACCCUGAAAUGUAUGCUUACCAAUUUUUGUUUUUAAGUACGUUUUAGUUGUCCUCCCUUCCCCGUGCGCUCAAUAAAUGUUAUUGUUUUCACGUGUGUAGUGUUCUACGGAACAUGAAAGGUAAUAAAUAGGCAUACUUAAACCAAACGCUGUUCAGUAUUUGCACUUAUACCGCGUUUACUUGCUCUCCCAUAAUUAAAUAUGCCAUAGUAAAAUGUAUUCAACGGUUCGCCAUCUGUUAGUUUCGUGUAACUGUUUUUGUUCUGAAUACUAAUUAAAAUAAUUUUAUUCAAGUUUUGUGUAAUUUUGUUGUUGGAACUAUAAAAAUGCUUCGGUUACUUCGAAUUAUCAAUAGCGUUGUUUUAUAUUUAAUUCUCAUUUAAUUUUAAUGUACUAUAUGCUUUUGCCGAAAUGUAUGUAUGUAUUUUUCUUGUGGUAAUUUCCCACGUUUAAGUAAAUAAAUACUUCAUUUUAAUUAAAAUCAAAAAUCUUUAUUUAUUUCACAAUUAUAUUUUUUUUUUGGAAUAAAUAGAAUUUUCUUUUGAAUAAAAAGUUUUGUUUUUCAUUUGUUUAAAUAUUGAAUUUUUUUAAUUAUUAUUUUUUUAAUUAUUAUUUUUUUAUAAAGUUUUUAAAAAAUAAAUAUUUUCGUUUUGAAUAAAUAAGAUAAAAAUAAAAGUGCUACGCUUUCUGUGACACCUUAAUUUCCUUAAAAUUCAUUUUGAAGUAUUGUGUUUAUAUGGUGUUUGCUCACAGAUAUAUAGAGCAUUAUCUAUGUAUAUUGAUAAGUUCGUUUAUUAAUUCACAUUUGAAAUUUGGAAAGAUUUCAAAUUUUGUUAAAUUAAAAUUAAUAUUUAAUUUUUUAGAGCAAAUUAGUCUUCACUUUUAACUUUUCUUUCUUAAACUUGAAUAUAUUUAUAUAACGGUAAUUUUUUUUAUUAGUCUGAUUGUUCUUUUAUAGUGCUCAAAGUUUUUAAUAGCAGUUUUCGCUACAACUAUAUUGAGGACUUUGAUUUUGGGAGUCUUGGCGCAAAUGUUCCGCUGAUGAACAAAAAAGCUAAACUCAACAUUUCAUUGUUUUACAAUGCAUUCAUACAUAGCAAAAUAAAAAGUGAAAAUUUGUAGUUGACGACUCUUCUUCUGUUUUGCCGUGGAGAGACAACACGAACAUACCUUAACAAAACAUGGAAACUAUUGAUUGCAUUAUUUAAAUUCAUAUUUAUAUACAUACUUAUACAUAAAUAUAAUAACUGAAGAAAUAAUUUAAAUAAUGAAUGACGUAUAUUAAUGUAAUUUAAAAGAAAUAUAUAAAGCAAAUGGUUUUCUUUAAAUUGUUAAUUAAAAUGUAAGUGAAAUAUCAUUGAAGAAAAAUAUUAGAAAACUAAACAUCCAAUUAACAAAACAAAACAAAAAACUAGAAACAAAAAUCGCUUUGUUUUAUAACCAGCUAUUACAACAAACAACAUAAAAAUAAAAAGAGAAAAGCAACAAUAGCUGCGCGUAAAAGUGUAGAUACGCAGUAAUAACAUAAAUACGCUAUAAAAACUGGCAUAAAAAGUGUUUCCAUUCAACUUUUUGAAACUAUUAUUUAAUAAAAUAAAAGUAUAUUACCAAACUGAGACAAAACAAAACAAAAAUCAUACAACAAGUAUAAACAGAUGAAAUAAACCAAUAGAUAAAAUUAACGAAAACCCGCGCAGAAACGAAAUAUGCAAAAAUUACCUUAAAUAUAUUAUAAUAAAUGGAAAAUUACAA